CAGCCAGCCUUACCUCUUUUUUGCAAGCUUUUGAGGCUGCAUCGCUAAAUCCACCACGCGCGACUCCAAAAGUUACUUCGUCGUCUCCUCUCAAACCAACGCGAUUAUUGUUCUGACCAUUCUGACCAUUCUGCCCACCCUGCCCACCAGAAUCAGAACCAGAAUACCGUUCACUUUCCCUCUCUCUACCUCCUCAUCUUCCAUCUUUCAAUCUUAGAUGCAUGGUUGACCAUUUGAGGGAAGGGUGUUCGUUGUACCAACAUCAGCUAGUUCACUUUCUUUGUUCUCUCCAUACAACGUAUUUUACCUUCCUUUCUACUACAAUACCUUUCUACCUUUCAUCUCACCUCUCUACAACUAUUAACCAUUACAUCGCCAUUUUUUGAUUUCUUCACUUUUUCAAUUUCUCUUUCUGGUAAAUGCUACACCGCUUCUCCGUUCAUUAUCCAGAAGUUGUUAUUACUUAAAUCCCUCGAGAUCUACGUCACCGUCAAACGAAUACUAGGUCUAUCCUAAAGGAUGCUUGUUUGAGGGCCAUUUCUAAUUAUUCUUGAACUCACUUCCUGUCUUUUCAUCAUCUUCACUCACCUCACUCAUCAAGUACCAUCUGAUUUUUAUCUUACAUUCCAUGGUAUUUCGUCACACAGAAUUCGUCGCGCACCGUCAAGAUGCCUCCGAAAAGAAAGAGAAACGAGAGACCAUCUGAUGCUGGGGCGAAUCGUCCAGCUCCUCAUCGUCCUUCUGACACAACACUCGGCCAACACGAAAGAGAUUUUCAAGAUGGUCUUUCCCCGCAGACUCGCCGCGCAUCUGGAGGCAGAAACACAAGAAGAAACCCCGAUCGUCGCGAUUCAUCGAACAAUCAGUUAGCCACUACAUCAACUCAUCGAGUGCCUAUCUCCCCAUCUGCUGGUCGUCCCUCCAGCUCGUCUUCGCAGGCUCCCUCUGCCCCGAUUCCUUCUACGCCAUCCGCCCCCCAAAAUAGCCAGCCUCGGCCAUCUAUACCAUCUAACUACAACUACGCCAUCUUAACCGAAUCGCGACUUUCAGUCUGGCAACAAAUAGGUCGCCAAGAGGUUAUUGACCAUGGCAUCAAGUCUAGGGUCGAUGAAGAUGUUGAAGAAAUUUCGACCAUCUCUCAAGAAUUUACGCGUGCUAUUUUUGAGGGUCGCCUUAACCCAGUAGAUGCUGGAAACUGCAUCAAACAUAUACUGGGGCCAUCGGUAGAGAAUGAUGACGACUCCGGAUUUAAAUUCGAUGCGCAGACACUCUUCCUCGAUACUGUAUCUAUCUUCGUUGACUCCGAAGACGGUGCCUCGCAACUACGAAAUUUCCUCGCCGCUACAGACAUAUCCCCAAAGCUUCUCCGCGAGGUCCUCGACGCUCCAGCCUUACAGCAACUUGGCUUAAUCCGCGAUACCUUUGUCAAGUUAGGCAUUCGUUUUGCCACGAACCAAUUGUACCGACAGGCGAACUACAAUUUGCUACGAGAGGAGUCCGAGGGUUACUCUAAGCUUGCUGCUGAGCUGUACCGUACACCGUAUUAUGCUCGAGACCAUCAUGAUUUUGCACUCGUGCAAGCGUGUUGGGAGCGCGUGAAAGGAUUGAUCGGCACUUUCGACCUCGAUGUCGGUAGGGUUCUGGAUGUGGUUAUCGACGUCUUCUCUGCGACGAUGUUGAGAAACAUCAUGUUCUUUUCCAGAUUUUUGCGGAUCAGUUCCUGGUGGCCUCGCACUCAGAUUGAGCACUCCGAAAAGAUAUUCACCGGCGGCUUACCAAAAUGGGCUUUACCUCAAAAUGAAGGUGUCAGCGCUGAUGACCUCAGAGCAGGGCUUGCCGAGCAAUGCCAUCAGCGUGAUCUAACAUUCUGGGAUAGAGCUCGAGAAGUUCAUCUUGACGCAUUCUUCGAGCUUGGAGGGCGGCAAGUCGAAGAUGUCAGCCAACAUGAUCCUAUGGGUACCGCGACCAGUUCGAACCUGAAGGGCGACUUCAAUCUCGAUUGGAUUCGAAUCACAAAGACAGUCCCGCCAUGUGGUAAUAAGAUUGCCGCACAAUUGUUAGGGUUCAAGUUUCGUUUCUAUGCCUCCGAUGCCCGCGAUCGAAGUGAAACGCUACCUGCAAAUCUAUACUAUCUCGCGGCCUUCUUUAUCAAAAUUGGUUUCAUCUCCCUCCCUGAUCUUUAUCCUCAUUUAUGGCCCGAUGAUGACCGAAUGGAACUCUUGAGGCAACGACGAAUGCAAGAACUGGACGAAAAAGACCGUGCUAGGAGACAGGGCGCCGAACCAAACGCCCUCCUUACGGCCGGAGCUCUUUCCGAUGAUACCCUGCCUUCUUCCUCAAAACCACGAGAAUCAGCAACAACGAACGCCGACAGCAAUCAACCAGAAGCGAAUGCAGCGAAAGAAGAUGGGCAAAGCCUCCCAGAACCAAAAGAAGCCCACAAGGCAGAUUUAGUGACACACCUGCUAGUUGUAGGAGCGAUCCCUGAAGCCCUCUUCAUACUUGGGCGCUUUCCCUGGCUUCCCGAGGCGUAUCCUGAUGAGAUUUACCCGGCUGUCAAUCGUAUCCUACUACACUCCAUUAGCAAAGUCUUCGAAGAUUCCCGCCCUAAGGAUAUUCGACCCUUGACUAGUUUUUCAGUCAAACCAGAGAUAGCUCAGGGGCAAGCUGGAAUGGGAAAGGGUAAUUUGAAGCUUGUUGAUGGUUCCCCUGUCAAAAUAUUGAAGUGGCCGCAUGCCGAUGGGAUUAACAAAGGCACCCUCUAUCGAUUCUAUCUCGACGAAUGGGCAGAUAAUGUCCCAAUAUGCCAGACAGUCUCCGACGUUUUUACCCUUUGCAGCACGUUCCUCAACAUCUCGGGUGUCAAUAUUGGCAGAGAACCUUCGCUAGUCAAGAAACUAGCUGUCAUUGGAGUGAAAAGCUUUCACCAAGACAAGUCCCCAGAAAAUAUUGCGCGCUGGCAAGAUCUUCUUCGCCGCACCCUUGUGCCAUCCUUAUGCCUCAGCGACUCUAACGUCGACGCCGUAGAUUCGGUUUGGGGUCUGCUCAAGUACUAUCCUACGCAAGUUCGUUACAAUAUAUAUGCAGAGUGUUAUGAGGGACAGAUAUCCCGGAUACCCGCCAUGGCAAAGGCUUUCAAGAACGCUAGACUAGACACACUGGCGACGUUGAAACGACUGUCCUUGCAAAACAUAUCCAGCUCUGCGAAGAAGCUUGCCAAGGUGGCUCUAUCAUCACCCGGUAUUGUGUGCAAGGUUGCACUUGAUCAAAUCGAAGCGUACACCAAUCUUAUCGAGGCCUUCGUCGAAUGCACCAAAUAUUUCACGGAAAUGGGUCACGACGUUCUCGUUUGGUCUCUCCUGAGUUCACUGGGCGGCAAGCAGAGGAGCAGAACCCAAGAAACGUCUGUUCUUCUCACCAGUCGAUGGCUACAGGCCCUUUCUAAAUUCUCUGGACGAGUCUUCCGACGAUACAGCAAUAUGGAUCCCACCCCUGUCAUUUACUACGUGAAUGACCAAAUCGCCCACGGUAACUCUACGGACAUGAUCAUAUUGCGAGAACUUGUUACUUCCAUGGGUGGAAUUGUUUCGGAUGCUGAUUUCACAGAUGCUCAGUUGUUUGCUCUGAGCGGUGGCGAGCUUUUACGACGCCAGACGCUGGUUAACUUGGGAGAUAAGCGCUACGAGUCCGCCAAGAGUGCUACACGCCUUAUGAAGGCUCUAGUCCAGACGGAUCUUGCUUGCCAGCUCUUAACGAACAUGGCUCAGUAUCGCCAGUCUGCCAUCUACCAGCUACCGGAGAACGAAACUCAUAUCAAAUACUUAGCCUCCGUCAUAGACGACUCCCAGCAAGCUCUUGUCCAGUAUAUAGAGCUGCUUCGAAAUAACUUGACGCCCGAGCAGUUUGACGCACUCAUACCUAGUAUUCCACGGUUGAUGACCGACUUUGGCCUUGAUGCUAAUAUUGCCUUCAUGAUCGGUCGUGCCAGUCUCCAGUAUUUCAUGAUGGGCCCAGGAGAAAAGCUCGCAAUUGCGACUCCAGAACCAAUAACGGAUGCCGAUGGUGAUUUGGUCAUCGAGUCGAAAGAUAGCCAUAAUGCCACGGCAACUACCAUCGUCCAAGAUGCGGAAGAUUCUAUGGUAGUAGAUGUACCAGAUACGGAUAAGGCAGAUUCGCGACAACCACCUACAACAAAUGGUCACAAGCCAGACCGCUUCAUGGAUGUGCUCGGGCCUAUCAUGAACACCGUACGUAGCCUGCUACCUUCGGACGUAUGGACCAAAAUCAGUCCUGAACUAUUUGUGCUCUUCUGGUCACUUCAAACAGGAGACCUUGUUGUUCCAAUGAGCAGUUACGAGGCAGAGACUUCGCGAGUAGAGAAGCAAUAUGCUGAAUUGAAAAGGGAGCGCGGCGACAUGAGUAAUAAGAAGAAAUCACUCGACGCACUUGUGCAGUUGAAUAAGGAUCUCGCUGCCGAGGCUAGCGCCUGCAGUGAGCGAGUCAGCAAGACCAAGAUUUUACUAAUCAAGCAAAGUGCGCGAUGGUUCAACUCUUCAGCGAAGCCAGAAUCUAUUGCCGACACAUUCAUCGAAGAGUGCCUUAUUCCACGCCUUCUCCUUUCCCCUACCGAUGCAGACUUUUGCCACCGAAUGAUCAAGUUCAUGCAUUCCAGUCGCGUUCCAAACUUCAAGCUUGCCGACUUAUACGACCGAUUCUUUGGCGUGAAUAGGUUGCGAUUGAUGAUAUUUGGAUGCACUGUUCGAGAAGCUGAGUUCCUCGGUCGUUUCAUCAAGCUCACGUUGGGAGACCUUGCGAAGUGGCACAAAGAUAAGGACGUAUACACCAAAGAAGCUGUUCAGAAUGGAAGACUUGGAUUUGCUACCGCCUUUGAUGACAACGGCAAGCCAACUUCGUUCAUGGAGCAUGAUCAAUUCCGCGAUCUGCUCUGGACUUGGCAUCGGAAUCUAUCUAUGGCGUUACGAUCAUGUCUCACAGGGACGGAGUGGAUGCAUAUAAGGAAUGCCAUUACCAUAUUAAAAGGAGGUCUUGAGAAUUUCCCUGCCGUAGAUUUCAUGGGACGACAAUUUCUACAGAUACUCGGGAAGAUUGCAGAGCGCGAAGGUGCUACGAAGAAUGAGAGUGAGGAUGGACAAAGCCACAGAGUCGAUCUCUCGGUUACAGCGAAUACUGCAACUUCUGCUUUAAGGAAGUACUCGACUAAAUGGGUUAUGGUUCAAGCCUUCCGGUCCAAUACUAGUGGCGAUUCGGCUGAAGACAAGAAGUUGGCAGAGCCUGCCAAAGUCCCGCAACUCCGACCAAACGCACCAGAAUUCAAGCCAACCCCAGGAGCCGCCUCCACACGGCCCAAGACAACUAUCGAGGAAGAGGACGGGGAGGUAAAAGAUGUGAAAACAUCAGCCGGUAUUGAACCUACCAAAAAGGACACAGAAGCCUCACGAUUGUCGCUUCCAACUAGGGAUAACAGCCAGAAGUCGGCCACCCCAGCUCCAAAGCCAGACCCAAAACUAAUCCCGAGUCGAUCCUCGACUCCAAGGUCUGUGCCUUCUGCGCCAGUACCAGCAACUGGUCCAAGGGCUGAGUUGUCCCGCCAGUCAACUUUGGCCCCCGCACCAGGGUUGCCCAGCCGACCAGAGGUUCCAUUCCCUGCACACUUUACUCAUGACAAAUUUGGGCAGAUUACGACUUCCGUUCAUGCAAGGGACCAUCGAGAGACUAGGGAGCCUAGAGAAGCACGAGGUGUCAGAGAUCCUCGAGAGCCUCGGGAUUCUAGAGAACCGCGAGACUCGAGAGACCCAAGAAGUUUUAGAACCCCAGAUGAUACACGACCGGCUCGUGGACGAGAACAGCCACUCGUUGAUCGCCGGGCCCCGGAGAGCAUAGCCAGGGAGCCUUCGAGAUCCGACAGGGACCGAGCACCACACCGAGCGGACUCCGCUCGAAAAAACGAAUCAAACCCCCCUGAUCGUGAUAGUCGUACUCCACGCGAUCGCGCUCUUCCCCCCGUGAGCACUAACCGAGGUCCUGAUACCGCUAAAGUGCAACGCGAUAUCACAACCCCCGCAAAUCCCAUGCCGCCUCCCCAAUCAGAGUCACAAGGACCGCCAGUAAAUCCGGAUAGAGCACGGCUUAUCAACGCAGACCGUCCUGAUGAGCGCUCGACUAUUAAUCCAGCUCGAGCCAUGUUGAUUGGCGACGGCAGGCCUGGUAGUCGCCAGUCUAGGGAAGAUAGCCGAGAUCGGAAUGGCUCUCGGCCGCAGUCUCCGCGGCGAUCUGAUCGUUCUGAUUCCCGGGCGGGUGAUUCAUCUCGCGAAGAUCGAUCCGGCCGACCUCAUCGCAUAGACCACCAUCAACCUCGGGAGCAUUGGAACGAAUCGUUGCCAUCUACUGCACCAAAAGGUGGCAGGCCAGUUGAGCACGAUAAUGACCGCGGUAUGGUUGACAGGUCACGGGAUCCCGCUACUUUUCAAGGACCACCGCGAAGUGAAUCAGAUCACGGUAGGCUUAACAAUCAGGAUCCAGAAUACGGCCGCUUAAACUCGGUUCCUUCAAUCAGCGACACAACAAACCCUCCCGAAGGCCCACGCGGCCGUGGUCGCACAUCAGCUCGUGCCCCUACGAAUAAUCCACCAGGCAGACCAGAUCCCAGGUUCCCCAGUGGUGACCCUCACCGACCUCCAUCACCGGACAGGCAUCACCCUCCCACCGGCCCUGCCUCGUCUAGGUCACGUCGGGGCCAAGGUAGUGGGCAAUAUGGCCACGGGAAUGGCCCAGCCAAUGGCCCAGCACCAGCCAACUCAUCGGUAGGAAUACAUCCGGAGAGGUUAAGACAAUUGAACCCAAACACCCCUAAUGCGCCAGCACAACCUAUCCAAUCAUCCUACCAGGCCCCUGGACCUAAUCAGGUCGCUGUGCAUCCUGAUCGCAUGAACCACAUUGCGCCACAGCAUUCUGGCCCUCGUCAAAGUGGCCGCCCAAUUCCACCGCCUUUACAAACUCCCGAUCGACCAUCCAUCCCGGGACCAUCUGGCCAUCGCCAGUCAUCAGGUAAUCACCCCAUGGCUCAUGGAUCUGACAAUCCCAGUAUCAUGUCCGCGCCCACGGGGCCUGCAGCCGCCAACGAACGCGCUAGGACUGGCGGGAAAAGGCAAUUAUCGGGCAUUAACACUAUAUUACAAGGGGCAAGCCCCACUGUGCGUUCAAGAGGCUCUCGGUCCAACCUGGCUGGCUCGGAUGCCCAGGUGCUUACUGGCGCGUCCCCAAUUUCAACGCCAGUUAACGAACGUCCCGACCCUAAUAUGUUGCUGGGUGAGCGUAAUGCCAACACCAGCGAGCGCUCUGGACGAAAUGAUCAUGAACGAGGACGAAGGGAUCAUAACAAUGCCGACCGAUCUUCACGCUCUUCGCGACGAAGCAGCCGUGAACGCAGUGCGGAUAGAGAGCAGAGACCGAAGGAACAUCGAGAUUAUCGGGAACGAAAAUCUAACACUGGACCUCCCGGGCAUGGAAGAGAAGGAGAAAUGGAACCGCCGCGGCGGUCGGGCCGAGAUCCCGCAGGAAUGGGUCGAGAACCGUUGCAAAGCAGUGGUAGGAGUGAUUUAAUGGGUAAUGGUCGUGAUGGCCCACGAGACACGCGUCAUCGAGCGGAUGGUGGGAGUGGGAGACAUGAAGAUUACGCACGAGGUCGAGGAGGAGGUGUAACGGGUGGUGGAGCACGUGGAGGUGAUGAUCGCCGGGAAUCUCGCGGAGGCGACGACCGAGGCCGCAAGCGCCGAAGCGAUGAUUUCGGAGGACCUACCGAAAAGAGGCAGAGACGUUAAUACCGUGGUCGGGAAGAUCUUUACUCUGCUACAUGAUGUGAAAGUACCACGACGAAGCUCGUUUUUCUUUUUAAUUUUUCGACCGUGUAUUAUGAGACCGGCUCAGGAUGGGCAACAAGCAAGAUACCGAAAGCAUUAGCAGGAUCAAGAAGGGCAUUCAUCAAUCGUACAAUACAUUUCGUAGCAGCCGAAUUUCAGCAGUGUACAACGCGCAGGACAUGA